UGUAGUUUCAUCGCUUCGUCUUUCAGCAAAACCUCUUAAAAAGGAUACAUGUUUCUGCCAAUCUUAUAACAAAGUACUUUGGGUGAUUAAGUGAGUAAAAUUUUGAAAGUAUGUAAGUACUUUGUCAACCGAAGGACAAUACCUAUUUGAAUAUAUUGUAUCUCUCCUACUUACUGAAGGAAAUUGAUCUUCUCGGACAGUAUUCAUCCUACUCACAAAAGUUUCAGAUGCUUAAAUGGACGAGGGGGUUGACAUUUAUAAAGCCAAUAUCUCCGUUAUAUUGGCAAUACUGCAUCAGUUCCUCGAUAGCAACAAUGUGUCGAUCUCGGACGAGGAUCUUAGCCAUGAACAGAUUUGGGACCUCAUGCAACUAGCAGGGCUCAUACCUGAGCACCAGCAAGCUAUCAACCAGGAGGACUUGAAUCAGUACAAGGAGUAUCGCAUUCAUACAGCAAUGGCGGUGUACAUGCCGCCUGUGUUACUGUUUCUUGGAACUGUAGGAAAUGUUUUAUCCUUUUUAAUUCUCCGCCACAAAACUAUGAAUCGCAUGUCCACAAAUACAUUCCUCGCUGCCCUGUCCAUUGCAGAUUCGUUUGUUUUGCUGAUUGGUUUAUUCCGGAAGUGGCUAGGGGAGAUAAUUAACAUCGAUAUACAAACAGAAUCCCGUUUGUUGUGUAAACUGAUAGCAGUUCUUGCCUACAGUACAAGUCAGUAUUCCGUCUGGUUGAUAGUCGCUGUUACGAUAGAACGCUACAUAGUGGUAUGUCAUCCUCUCCGAGCAUCCUACUUCUGUAAUAUUGCCAGAGCCAGGAAAAUCGUGUGUCUACUAGCAUUGCUAUUCCUAACUAUAAAUAUUCAUUUACUUUGGACAGUGGAUUUAAAUAAAGAAAUUUAUAAUAAUCACAUUGUGUAUAAGUGUGACGGUGCCUUAUCACACAAACGACUAGUGGAGGUCGUAUGGCCUUGGAUAGAUGCCUUGUUAUAUUCCUUCUCGCCUACGCUAAUCAUCGUUAUGUUAAAUAUUAUGAUAAUUCGGCAGGUUAUAAAGGCGACGUACGGUCGGGAUGUACUACAAAACGGCUCGCUAAUGAAAGCUGAAAGCCGGCGAUGUAUGAAAGACAGUAACACCAAACUAACCGUGAUGUUGUUGACGAUAUCGUUUACAUUUCUUAUAACAACCUUACCCAUGAAUAUCGUUAUGAUUGUGACACGUGUCUGGCAGGACGAAUUUAAAAAUGAUGCCGCCAUAUUGGCUAAGUGUUGGUUAAUUAGAACCAUAGCUGAGCUGCUCAUGUAUUUGAAUCAUUCCAUUAACUUUUUCCUGUAUUGUGCCACUGGUCAAAAGUUCCGUAACAUUGUGUUAAGAAUGGUGUGCCGGCGGUCAGGGUCUAAUACGUCCAACGUUUCUGACCACAGUCAACAUCUUUAUUGCUCAAGGACAAAUGUAAACGCAUGCAGUCAUAAAACUACUCACGAAACUGCAAUAUAGGCUACGUAUUGUUCUCUUUCUCGGCAGUAUGUGUCAUCAUACAGUGAAUAUAUUGUUAUGUGUUCCAGCGAAACCGCCAUACGGUGGAUACUAUUUUCUUAUUUUUGAGCAUUUGUGAUGAAUACAUAUUGUCAUACGGUUUAACGACUGGCAUUGUUAGGCAUGUAUUGUUAUAUUGUUAUUGUUAAGUCUGAAACAUUGUCAAAGAGACCCUUCAAGUGUCAAGAUAACAAUCAACAGAUGUCUUAUAUAUAUCAGUAUAUUCUACACAAUCAGCGAAGUAUUGGAGCUACCUAACUCAGGCCUAUCGUAGUGCAUUGUUCCUUUUGUACCUCUGUGUGUGUGUGUGUGUGUGUGUGCGUAUGUGCGCGCGUGUGUGUGCGCGGGAGCGUCGUUUUUUUUUUUUUUUUAGAAAGAUUCAAAUUUUAAGUGAAACAUAUCAAUAAAUACAUAAAAGAACUCUUAUUUAUAGUAAAAUAUGAAUAUGGAUACAAUUUAUUAACAUUAAGCUGGGUUUUGCAUCAUAGAACUAUCCAUAAAGGGAAAUAUUUAAACACUUUUAUCUUGAUGUAUAUCUGGUACUGUAUCUGGAAUGAAGACAAUGUUUUAGGAAAGUGUAUAUAAAUCAUUACUACUGGAAAGAAGAGAAAACGAAAGUAAUAUUUCACCAAAUUGUUUUGAUUUAAUUUAAAUUCAAUAUUAUGGAAUAUGUUGGUGAUAUCAUGCUAUACUGUUACUGCCACUAAUUUUGUAUGUUGUUAAACAUUGGAGGAGUGAUAAUGAAAGCUUAUCAACAACUUUG